UAUUAAUCUACUCCAACAUCGUCAACCAGGUAUCUUUGAAGGCAAAAAAAAAAAGAAGAAAAAAAAGGUCAGAUAUUGAUAUGGCUUAAAGGAACUAGGCGCCAAUUACUACCGAGAUCACCAAAAAAAUGGCCAAUCUCUCGGGCAAACGCCGCCACGGCAAACAGGCCAAGAAACAACAGACAUUGGAUGCUCUGCUUGGCAAAACCAGCUCUCCUUUACCAUCGAGACAGAAUGUGCCAACACCAAGCUCCAGUGCUGCAAGCAGACCAGCAGCAGCAGGCAAUGUCAGGUUCAUGCCGAGGGGUGUUGCACGAGGUGCCCCACCAACGGCAGCUUCGGAUUCUGAUGAUGACGGUGAUGGUGCCGCUGCUGCUGCUGAUGAUGAUGCUAAGCCUGAUCCACCACCUGUAGAUCCGGCCUCGCCCCCGCGCUCAGCAGCCAAGCGCAAAGCCGUGGUGUUGAGUGAUGACGAAGGAGAGGAUGAGGACGAGGAUGACGUCCCGGUAGCGACACCUGCUAGAGCUCGGAAGCCAAAGGUUGUUGUUCUUGAUAGCGACAGUGACAGCGAUGUACGACCUUCAACGGCAAAAAGACGCCGUCUUGCAAGAAGGCAGUCAACCCCAUCCUCACCCGGGUCGCCUGGCUCGAGUACCAAGGGCCGUUUACGCAGCACUCCGGCCAGUCGCAGUCUCAAGUCACAAAGAGAAAGGCGCAUGGAGCUCCUCAGGCGCCGCCGUAAUGGCGAAAAAGUCACCGAGCUUGAUCAGAUUGAUGAAGCGUCCGGUGAUGAAGAGCCACAGAGAGCAUUGUAUGAUACGGAUUCGGACCUGCCAGCUUUGGACGAGUUCGAUGACGAAGACACAGACAGCAAGGAGACAUCGGUAGAGCCCAGGCAAACACAGUCCAGCCCUACCAGGCGCAAAGAUAAACCUGCAGUACAGGAAGGCAGUGACGCCGAUAGCCUGGAUAGCUUUAUCGAUGAUGAGGAUGGUCUUAUCGGUGCGCCAGACUCGGUGGAAAUACCAUUGGAGUUCACUUCACAGGCUCACAAGCCUAUGAAGGCUUUAUUCAGAGAUAUCAUUGACUGGCUGGUGCAGAAUCGUAUCAAUCCGGAUUUUGAUCGAGAAAACGCGGUCUACCGUCUUGCCUGGCGAAAGCUAGAUGACGAGUUCCGAGGGCUGGCGUCCUCCAAGUUCUCCUCAGCUGCCUGGAACCCCGAAUUUCACAAGUCUCUAAGAGCUAGGCCGUAUAUGGAUAAUUACGAGUCUCCCAGGGAUACGUCUGAUUUGUUCACAACCUGCCAAGCGUGUAAUCGUACCGGCCACCCAGCUACACGUGUGAUAAGGUUCAGUGGCAAGCCCUAUAGCCAACAAACUCUGGACGAAAUCGAGCAGAGUGAGCCCGACUCAGAAGACGAAGGUCCGCACCGGGACAGGGAUGAGAAUAACAAUCUCAUUGCUGAAGAGGGCAAGGACUGGCUGUGUGGCGCGGUCUGCGCGAGCAACGCCGAAACCGCACAUGACUUGCUUCAUUGGAAGCACUCUCUCAAGGAUUGGGUCGACGAGAGGUUGCGAACCCAAGGUCUCAUGUCGGCAAAGAAAGUGGAAAAGAGGGAGCGCCUUUCGUCCAAGAAGCGGAGAAAGCGCGCCGACAAGAUAGUGGACGAAUGGGAAGAAAAGGGUGUAGUGAGGGCUCUUUAUGACGAUUUCAAGCGGACGCUCGAGACGGCUCGAGUCAAAUCUACAACUGGAAAGACCAAGAGGAGGAGGUAG